AUGGAGAAGCAAUCGAUGGACAAGGAGCCGGAGGAAUCGAGGGAGAGCGAUGAGAAAGGGACGAGCACGAACAUCCGACAGCUUGUGGGAGUCUGUCGAAGCCUCUUAGAUGAGAACAACACCAUGAAAGAUCAAAUCCUCGCCCUCAAGAAAAGGAUCGAGCAACACGGGAGUGAAACAAAAUCCGUCAAUCUGUCUCCGAAGGAUCAUUACGUUGAAACUGCAUCGAACCUGAAGAAGGUCAACAUUUCAAAAGAUGAAUUGCAGUCCAACUAUGAAGACUUCAACGAAUCCAUGAAGUUGCUGAUGCAACAAGUCUCUCCCUCGAUACAGAAAUCAUCCCCUAAAGAUUCUUCGCUCACAGUGAGAAAUCAGAACAAGAUCGGCAUGCAGCUCUUGAGGGAUCAGAUCAGCGCAACCCUGAACUUUUUGAUAGCCCUAAGCCUUCGUCAGAGGCGACUUUUGUCAUCCUAA